AUUGAGCUUUCAAAACGGGAAAGAAGAAAGCUACCAUAUAGCUAGCAAUUCAUAAUUUAGUAUAAAAGGAAUGAGUGACGAAGCAGUACAGGCAACGAAUGAUGAUGCGUCGAUGUGCAAACGAUAUGCAGUUGAGAAGGGUUAUUGGAAAGAUCCGUAUAUUAACUUAUUGGUGAAGCUAGGAGAAAGAAGAGCACCUGAAAUAAGCAGAGGAUAUUAUGCCCGUAUGGAAGGAAUACGAAUUCUGUUGGAAAAAUUUCUUAGGAUGACUGAAUGUAAAGGACAAGUAGUGAGCCUCGGAGCAGGCUUUGAUACCGCCCUAUGGAGGUUGAAGGAUGCGAAAUUGUUGCCCACAAGUUACAUCGAGGUUGACUUCAGGCCCGUGACGAGUAGAAAAUGUCAAAAGAUUCGAUCAAGGGACAAGUUAAUGUCACCACUAAUUGAGAUUAGUGGAGGAAGGGAACAUGUACUAAUUGGAGAUGCUGAAUUACACUCUAAGCAUUAUCACAUAGUAUGGGCUGAUUUGCGAAAUUUAGAAGAAUUUGAAGACAAAUUAAAAAGUUGUGGAAUUGAUAACAGUUUACCAACACUGUUCCUUGCUGAGUGUGUGCUGGUGUACAUGUCAGCUGCCAAGUCAAGCGAACUACUGUCCUGGAUCUCAGGAAAGUUUGACUCGGUGUUCUUUAUUAAUUAUGAACAAGUGAACAUGCAGGACCGGUUCGGGCAGGUAAUGGUUAACAAUCUCCGAGGCCGUAAAUGUGACUUAUGUGGAAUUGAACCGUGCACUAGUUUAAAAACUCAGGAAGAGCGGUUCACGUCAAGUGGAUGGGAAAGUAGUCGUGCAGUUGAUAUGAUGGAGUUUUAUCAAAGUUUGCCCGAUCUAGACAGAAUUGUACGAUUGGAAUUUCUUGACGAGGCAGAACUACUAGAGCAGCUUAUGACACAUUAUUGUAUCUGUGCAGCUUACAAGGAUCCAAACAAUAUAGGUUUUUCAAGUAUUAAUCUUAAGAAGAGUUGAACACAAACCAGUUGGUAUUUAUUCAUAAGGUUGUGAACCAGAUUCGAAUGUGAUGAUCGUAGUCAUGAUGAAAUUCAACAACUGCUAUCGUGCUCAUUAACAUUUAUCAAAUUUAUCAAAUCAAAUUUGGUGAACAUUUUAAUGUAAAAAAAACUUUUAUUUCUCUAAACAGAAAUAGAUAUUUAAAACAAGAUAAAAUUUUUUACAUUUUAAUAUUUAACAAAAGAUUUUAAUGUACUUUGUUUAUUGGAUUUGUGAGGUAAAAGAAGAUGAUUAUACUACCACUUUACCGAUCAUGUUUAUCUGUUUCGUAUUUGUAGGUAUUUCUUUAAAGAUUUGUGUUUUGUGGGGUUUUUUUUAAGUAAUAAUAAUAAUAAUAGUAAUUGUUA